ACACGCCUACAUUCAGACCAUUCAUGAAGCUUGUUUCGCCUCCCUCGCCAGUUGUUACUCGGCAGUCGAAGUGAAUACACGCCACCAUGUCCCAAGACAACCUAGCCGCGAUUCUUUACAAACCUAAGGACUUAAGACUGGAAAAAACUUCGGUGCCACAAAUAGCGGACGAUGAGGUCCUCCUCCGAAUGGACAGUGUGGGCAUUUGCGGGUCUGACGUGCACUACUGGCAGAGCGGAGCGUGUGGACACUUCCUCUUGAAGGACCCCAUGAUUAUGGGCCAUGAGGCUUCUGGGGUCGUCGAGAAGAUCGGGGCAAAAGUAAAGAAUCUGAAGCCAGGUGACCGAGUGGCGAUCGAGCCAGGUGUACCUUGCCGCUACUGCGAGUUCUGUAAGACUGGCCGCUACCACCUGUGCCCGGACAUCGAGUUCUGCGCCACCCCGCCCUUCCACGGCAACCUUUGCAGAUACUACAAGCACGCCGCUGACUUCUGCUACAAGCUCCCCGACCACGUGUCAAUGGAGGAAGGUGCGCUCCUGGAGCCUCUGUCAGUGGGCAUCCACGCGUGCAGGCGCGGAGGCGUCCAGGCCGGAGACAUAGUGCUUGUGCUUGGAGCGGGACCCAUAGGGCUGGUCACCAUGCUCGCUGCUAAGGCCAUGGGCGCCAGCAAGAUACUUAUCACAGACAUCCUGCAAUCUCGCCUGGACUUUGCCAAGAAGAUGGGCGCUGAUGAAACCAUCCUGGUGACCAAGGACUCCAACGAGGCCGACCUGGUCAAGAAGAUCCACGAGUUGCUCGGUAGCCAUCCCGAUGUCUCGAUAGAUGCUAGUGGAGCACAGGCUACAGUGCGCUUGGCUUUGUUGGCAACUAAAUCGGGCGGUGUGGCGGUGCUAGUAGGCAUGGGUAGUCCGGAGCUGACGGUGCCCUUAGCCGGCGCUGUGGCCAGGGAGGUGGAUAUCCGCGGCAUCUUCCGAUAUGUCAAUGAAUACCCAAUAGCUCUAUCGAUGGUAGCGAGCGGCAAGGUCAACGUGAAGCCGCUGGUGACACACCACUACAGCCUAGAGGAGACGCUGGAGGCUUACGAGGUCGCGCGGCAGGGGCUUGGCAUCAAGGUCAUGAUACACGUGCAGCCGCGGAACACCAACAACCCAAACAAGUUCUAAAAAGAAAAAUAUAUACUGAGAAAGGGAGAAGGUGGCGGCCCUUGGGCGGUGCGAGGAGUGCCACCGCAGCGGGCGCCGAAAUAGGGGGCGAAGGGGGCAAAAUCAACCAAGGCCGGUUCACCAGGAAACUAAAACUUCAUAGGGUUAGAUUGCGGCCACAUAAAACUCAUACCGGGUGGCCGUGAACAACAUUUCUAAAAGAUUUAAAUAGGUAAAUUUUGAUGGCCGUAAUCGAAAAGUUUUGUAAUUUAAAGGGCUUCUUCUUCUUUGCGAGUCGAUGGCGAUCGAUACUAAAUUUUUGCUGACCAAUAAUUGGCCACGCUUACGGCAUUGUCAGUGGCUUCGUAAAGGUCUUUAAUAGUGCAGGUGUUAGGGCACUUAGGACAGCACAAAAGGUGAGCCAUAGUUUGUGGUGAUACUCCACACUCGCAAUCAUCGCAACCAUCAACCAGAUAUCCCCACCUGCAGAGAUUAUCCUUGCAGCGGCCAACCUGUGUCCGGAGCCUAUUUAAAGACUUCCAUGUGGGCCACGCUAGAUUGCUUCCAGGCAGGAUUUAAAGGGCUGAAGAGUGCCACUUUGAGGUCUUGCACCAAUCUAAAUAUAUUGCUGGGGCCGCCACUGAUAUUAUCAACACCAUCUUCAUCAGCCGGAAAUCCUCCACUGCUGGACAUAGGCCUCCCCCAAGGUUCCCCAUAAUGACGGAUCCUCUGCUGCCCGCAUCCAGCGUUUCCCCGCGACUAUCAGGUCAGAAGGGCGAUAAAAGUAGAGUCGAAAAGGCCACAUAGAAGACGUCUAUCUGAACCAAUAACUACCCACUGCUAAUUAACAUUUGUUUGUAUUGCGUUUUUAAAGGAAUUUCUUCAAUGUGGUUCUUAGAUGUCCUGAGCGCUCGGUCUGCGAUUUUUGAAGUUAAGCAACUUUCGCAAAGGCCGGUCAUAGGAUGGGUGACCACAAAAAAAACCUCCGUGCUUCGGAAGGCACGUUAAGCCGUUGGUCCCGGCAGCAUUAGCAGUUGUUAAUAACCACCAAUCCGCACUGGGCCCACGUCGUGGUUAAAGGCCCGAUCUCCCUAUCCAUCCAUAGGGAAGGCCCGUGCCCCAGCAGUGGGGACGUUAAUGGGCUGAUGAUGAUGACUUACUUAUUAUAAUCUGAUGUUUACUGAAAAACGGGUUUUAUAGGAUCGCAGGAAGAAAUUGCCAACAAAAAAUACAUGCAUUUCCUAUUUACAAAGAUACAGGAUAAAUGAAUGUCAAGGAACGAAUUAUAAAAUGUAUUUAAAAAUAAGUUAUAAAAUAUAUAAAAAUUAGAAAGUAAAACGCGUUUGUAAAAUGACUUAUUUGAAAUUAUACUUAAAUAAUUUUAAUUUA